AUGGAACGCCAGGCAGUGGAGGGUAACUUUGCCGUCGGGGUUCACUACCAGGCUGUAUAUGGGAAGACUGUCUGGGAACCUCCACUUGGGAGGCUGAAUUCCCUAUACCAACAUCGUCUUGGGCAGGAGUUCAUGGUCGUGAUUCAUAUCGUUAUGGGCAACCAGUACUACAUCUUCCUCCUUGCCCAUACCGUUUAUCGUCCUCCUGACGUCCUGACCCACUCCACUUUCACGGCGGUAUACUCUGAGUAUGCAGAGGAUGAUAUUGCGUACCAGAAGGAUACAGUAAUGUCGGUGCAGGAGUUUAUGACAAGAUUCUUACGCCUGGAUAGACAAUCAACGGGGGCAACACCAGGUGCUCUCAACGAGAGGUUGAGGAUUGUGGCCACUUUGCCCAAGCCGUACACCAUGAAUCACACCAUGUUGCCGGUGAUACGACGACGAACUACUGGGGGUAUUGUCGUUAGUGACGAUCACAAUGCCGCCAACAACGACAUUGACACUGAGUUGGACCUCAGCUCAGCUAGAAGCGAGUUGUCUCAUCUCGCACAAGUAGGUUACGUAAAUAUAAUGGUGAGGAUAUCUCCCAGCCGCAGGCCCAAAAUUUAG